UCCAACCAGCCCGCCCGCAAGUCAGCCCGCGAGCCACGCAGCCAAGCCAUGUCGGUGGGUUGGCGUGGGAAGCGGCUGCUGGCGCUGAUGGUGGCCUUCCAGUACUUCCACUGGUUUGAUCCGUCCCAGCCGUAUAUGGCAGCAUACAUCAAGGAGCGCUACGGCACCGACUCGCAGCAUCUCCAGGACGAGGUGUUUGCGUAUGGGGUGCCCUUCUUCUUUGCAUCGGCGGCGGCCAUGGCGCUGCUGUACCUUGUCGCUGGCGCCCGCCUCGCCCUCCUUGUCUGCGCCGCCGCCUCCAUUGGCUCCCCAAUGCUCGUCCUCUUCUCCGCCUCUCUGAAAGGCGUCCUUCUCUCACAGCUCACGUGGACCACGGGCUUCUGCGCCAUCUUCCUGGUGACGGCCGUGCUGUUCACGCACCUGCCGCGGCGCGCGUACCUGAUUGCCGCAGGUUACAGCAGCGUGGCCAUGAUGGCGGCGUCCUUCACCUCCGAUCUCAUUGGCUUUGGCCUGGCCAUGCACUCCAAGCACCCCACGUACCUCUUCACCUUCUACGUAGCCAUUGCCUCCAGCACCCUCGCCUGCCUCAUCAUCCUCUUUGGCGCCCUCUCCGGCAUCAUCCCAAACAGCACCAGCUCCCACGCCUUCAGCUCCGCCAACCCAUCCCCUGUCAAGGCCCUCAGCAUCCAACACGAUGACAUGGUGUCUAUCGCCUCUGCGUCCCCGCUCCUCGUCCCAUCCCCGGCCACCGACACCACCGACACCACCCGCACGUCCCCGGCCACAACAUCACACGCCAGCAGCCACGAUGGCGCCAGCUGCACGUGUAACGCUGCUGCUACUGCUGCUGCUGCUGACGGCGCCGACAACCACCAGCCGCACGCGUUACACUCCAAUGCGUUCCUCCAUUCAGACACCGCUUACAUAAACUGCACGCUGCAGGCGCAUCACGCACUGCAGCGCGACCAUGGCGGUGGCCAGCACAGCCGCUCGUGCGUACUCUCAGCAGCCGCCGCGACACUCACAACAACAGCAGCAGCAUCAUCAUCAUCAUCAUGCACAACAACAGCAGCAGCGGCAACAUCCACAACACCUCCGACCGCAUCGUAUUCGUCGUCGUCAGGCGUGUCCACUGUCUCGUCCGCGCGCACCACUCGCAUCUUCCUCCGCGCCCUCAAACACCCGCGCCUGCUCCUCUGGCUCUGCUCGUACGCUGUCCUGCGCGCUGUGCAUACCGUUGUCAUCACGCUGUGGGCGCUGCUGGUGCUCGACUACGACCGCCACAACAUCAAGUUCAACGGCCUGGUUGGCGCCACCACAUACGGCGUUGCCUCUGCCGUCGUCCUCUCCCUCCAAUAUGUGGACAGCGUGCACGCCGCUGUGCAGCGCCUGCGGUCGCACGCCAGCUUCCCUUUUGCCGCGUGCAUGCUGCUGGCUGCUGGCCUGACGCUCGUGGCCCUCUCCUACUGCCGCAGCAUCAUCACCAUCGGGGCGUGCCUUGCCGUCUACCACAUCAUCACGGAAUCGUUCCUUGUCAUUGCCGCGUCCUUCAUGGGCAAGUACCUGCAGCACGUCUUUGUCGUCUCCACCGCGCCAGAAGCAGCCAGGGCCCGCGCCCCCACAUGUACGCAACACACGACCGUUCCUGCUGCUACUGCUACUGCUACUGCUUCUGCUGCUGCUUCUCGGGUGGCGGACUACGAUUCAAUCAGCUCGAAACCAGCACGAACACCAACAACAGCAUCAAUGGCAGCGGGAACACGCGUACGCGUGGCAGCAGGCACCCCUGCAGUGCUGGCAGACACAGCACCAACAGCACCAACAACAACAGCAGCAGCAGCAGCAGCAGCAGCAGCUAAGCGCACCAUGCUGGUGGAUGCAGUGGAAUGCCACAACGACACUGAGCCAUGCACAUGCCCGAAGCAGCAGUCACCCACCCGCCGCAACUACCGCGUCCUUGAUGGCGUCUGUGCCUCACCCGAGCAACUGCAACCACCCUUGCCUCCCUCGUCAUCACGACCGCCGCUGCUGCCGCCACCCUACUUCCCCGUCGCCGUUGAAGCAGGAAGAGGAGGGGGUGGAGCGUGCAUGCACACACGGUAUCCUCGUGGGCACGUGCACGGUGAUGACCACCCAACGCACCAUCCCAACGGCAGUGGUGAUGAUGGUGGUGAUGACGAUGAGGACGACUUGGCGGCCAACGACAGCGCACCCGAUGAGGAGCUGGCGCAAAGCAUCAUCCACCGGAGCGACCACGCCUCCCGCGUGCACCACAGCCUGUACCUGCUGCUCAUGACCACGCGCUUCUCCCUCUCGCUCGUCGUGCAGACGGCGCUGCAACUCGUCAUAUGGCCACGCUGGGGUACAGUCCACAACGUCUUUGCGCUCGACCUCGACUUGCCGCACCAGAUAUUCGCAUACGGAGGCGUGCUGCUCGCUGCUGGCGGCGUGCUUGCUAUCGUCUCCGCCUUCGCCCUCUGCACACACGCACGCAAGCGGCGGCAGCAGUGGCAGCGGCAGCGGCACAGCCACCACAUCUCCUGCGACGAACGCACGGCCUUGCUGCGGUGA